ACGUUAAUGAGAGUAAAUCAGACUUCAGUUCUAAAAAAAUUGUCGAAUAAUUAACAGACAAACUCAACACUACCAAUUUCAACAUCAUGGAAGGACAAAUGCAGAAGAGAAAAAAUGUUCAAAUCCAGGAAAAUUUUGCAGUGAUUCAACAAACAGCCGAAUCUCCACCUUUUGCCAAUUAUCCGCACACUAUGAUCUUCCCGACGAUGAACCACCAUCAUUUGCCUAUGUCUGAACCCGUCAACAACUUUGACGAAAUCGCUACUGACCAGGAUGCUGAAAACAAGUUCAACGACAAUCUUCCCUUAUUCAAGCUUUCCAGAAGGUCCCACCAGUUUGUAGAUCCAGACUGUUAUAGGAUGGGCAUGUUUCUAUCUACAUAUAUGAUUGACGGUAGGGCGGUGAAUUUGCAGCCAGGGGCUCUGCUCAAUCAAAACAAUCACUGUUAUGUCAACUCUAUUUUGCAAGCCCUGAUUGCAUGUCCACCACUCUACAACUUACUAAACAAUCUGAGUAAAUACAUUUUUUCGAACGAGAGAAUGACAUCUACCCCGGUUAUAUUUAGAAUGUGCCGUUUUGUGGAACAUUUUGUUCACCUACCUUCUUAUUUUUUGACGAAAGACGGAAGAGUAGAUGAAAAUUCCAAGAAUGACCAAAAAGUUUCAAUCAACACUGGCAUCCCAUUCGGUCCGACGUGGAUUUAUAAAAUGUUGCAUAACAUGCGGACUGACUGGAUCGAUGGUAGACAACAAGAUGCAGAAGAGUGUCUAGGUUUUCUUUGGAAUGGAUUCAAUGAUGAAAUGUUUGAGCUAAAUGAGUUGGUUAAAUAUUAUAUUGAAGAUGAAAAACCUCUCGUUGACUCUGCUUUGAGCAAUGAUUCAAAUAAUGUAUGGAACAAAAUGGAAUCGAAAAAUAGAGGACAUCCAACCAGAAGGAUCGACUUCACCAAUACACCGAUAAGUGACAUCUUCGGGGGGCAACUAAAGUCGAGCAUUCAUCGCAACGUGGACCACAUUACUGAGAAUACCCAGCCUUUCCUCACCCUGCCACUCAACAUUGAGAAAGUGAAGACCGUCAGAGGAGCGCUUAAGGUACUUGUCUCCAAGAACAUUUUAGAGAAAGUGACUUCGUCAAAAACAAACAAGAAGGUCGAAGCGUGGGAGCAAAUUACGCUCUGCAAACUUCCUGUUAUCCUUAUUUUGCUUCUGAAGUUUUUCAAAUACAGCAACGACCGUUGCACGAAGAUUAUCAAGGCUUUUGAUUUUGAAUUCGACUUGAAGGUUGAUUCGACUUUGAUAUCGUUGAAAACACAGUCUCCAACAGAGAAACAAUAUAAGCUAUUUGCCGUCGUUUACCACGAAGGCAAAAAUGCCAACAUUGGACACUACGUUACCGAUGCCUUCCACGUCGGCUACAACUGCUGGAUUAGGUACGACGAGUCUUCGGUCGUGCAAAAAGAAGACGUAUUGAAACCCCAGUUAACGCGAGUUCCUUAUUUGCUGUUCUACAGGAAAAGCGAUAUGAUCCUAUCUAAAUAAGGUUGCUACUUUUAUGUAGAGUUCAGCGUCUGGAAUCUUACGGAAUU